CGGAGCGGAGUGCGCCUGCGCGGAGCCGGCAGUCCCGCUGGGCCGCAGCCGCGGGGUGGCGGGCGGUUGCCUUGGGGACCGCGGGCCCCUCCCUCCUCGGUCCCCGCCCCACGCCGUUCGCCACCGCGACGCGGCGGACGACCCCGGCCCUCCCCUCCCGCCGCCCGGCCGGCGCUGCAGCCGUGACCCGCGAGAGGCGGCGCCGCUCCCAAGAUGUCGCAGACGGCCAUGUCCGAGACCUACGAUUUCUUGUUUAAAUUCCUGGUUAUCGGAAAUGCAGGAACUGGCAAGUCGUGCCUGCUUCAUCAGUUUAUUGAAAAAAAAUUCAAAGAUGACUCCAAUCAUACCAUAGGAGUGGAAUUUGGUUCAAAGAUAAUAAAUGUUGGUGGUAAAUACGUGAAGUUGCAGAUAUGGGAUACAGCCGGCCAGGAGCGAUUCAGGUCCGUGACCAGGAGCUACUACAGAGGCGCCGCCGGGGCCCUGCUCGCCUACGACAUCACCAGCCGAGAAACCUACAAUGCGCUUACUAAUUGGUUAACAGAUGCCAGAAUGCUCGCCAGCCAGAACAUCGUCAUCAUCCUCUGCGGGAACAAGAAGGACCUGGACGCGGACCGGGAAGUGACUUUCUUAGAAGCCUCCAGAUUCGCUCAAGAAAAUGAACUGAUGUUUUUGGAAACGAGCGCCCUGACGGGGGAGAAUGUGGAAGAGGCCUUCGUUCAGUGCGCAAGGAAAAUCCUUAACAAAAUCGAAUCAGGUGAGCUGGACCCAGAAAGGAUGGGCUCAGGCAUCCAGUACGGAGACGCGGCCUUGAGGCAGCUGCGCUCGCCGCGCCGCUCGCAGGGCCCGGGCGCUCAGGAGUGCGGCUGCUAGACCAGCGGGAGGGCAGAGGUGUUCGAACAGUGGUAUUUGGGAAGCAAUUGUUGGAGCUGAAGAAGAAGUUUUUUUACCACCAUCCUUUUCUACUUUAUGCAGAAGUAGAUCUUUGUGCAGGAAAAAAAAGUGAUUGGGUGUGUGUAAGCCUGUAAAUGUGCACAGCAAACCACGUGGUAAAUCGAAUUCCAUGGACAAUGCCAUGAAGUGUACAUGUAUGUAAACUGUCCUGUCCCAUGUUCCCUUCCCUGGGGUUAAUCCUGGCUGUGUACUGUAUAUACUCGAGCCCCCGUGUCCCUGCAGCAUGGUAUCUCAUGUAUGAUAUAAUAGAAUGUUACACUAACGGCGGUCCAAUAUUUUAUUUUUUGUAACCAUAUGAACGAAAGCCUGCAGGUGUGAGUGCGCCUGGCCCCUCGCGCUGGCUGUGUCGCACGUGGGUGAUGUUCGUGACCUGCUCCGCUCCGCGGCGGUGGCCAGGGCAGAGCGGUUCAUGCCGUUUGCCGCGGUCCGCGGGGCGUCUCGGGGCGUCGCCGGGAGCGCUGUCAGUAAUUAGGCACCGAAAUAAAGCCCAAAUGGAGUUUUCCUC